AUUGUGGCUAGCUUUAUACAGGUCCCAGCUAGCGAGCUAGGAAGCUAACGCGAACUCUGUGCUAGUGUGUUCUGAGAAAAUGUCUCCGCUAAGUGAUAAUCCAGCUGAAAAAGAAAGGUUUAUCUGCAUAUACCCUUCCUAUGUAAACAGUAAGAAGACCCUAGCAGAGGGGAGACGGAUACCUGCUGAAAAGGCAGUGGAGAAUCCUACUUGUGCUGAGAUCCGUGAUGUGUUGACAGCAGCGGGGGCAAAUGUUCUUGUGGAGAACAAGAUGUACUCCAGAGAGUGGAACAGAGACGUGACAUUCAGAGGAAGAGUACGUGUUCAGUUAAAGCAGGAGGAUGGAACUCUCUGCUCAGACAAGUUUGCAUCACGUAAAGACGUGAUGAUCUACUGUGCUGAGAUGAUCCCCAAACUGAAGACCAGGACCCAGAAGGGUGCAGGGGCAGACUCAGGCUCCCAGCAAGGGGAGGGCAGCAAGAAAAGCAAGAAGAAGAGGAAGUAGAGGCCCUGUCCAGUCACACAAAGGUCCCCAUAUUACUGUUCAGUUUACUGUAAGAAACCAAGCAAGGAAGGAAGUCUGUCACAAGGAACUGGCAAGUGUCAAACAGAAAGAGUGAGAAAAUACAAAUUUAUGUGAGGUAAUUAUUUUGUAUAGGCCCGUAUGUAUGAUGCUAUGAUGUGAUAUGCCAUCAGUCACAUGUAAACAUGUAUAUUUUGUGAAUGUUAUGUAUACAUCAAAGUAUUCUGUUUCAAUUGCUGAUUGACUGCCCUGUGGUCUUAGGGAAAUGAAAGUCAAAUAAACAAUGAUUGCUUCCACUUUGUUCUGACAGUGAGAAUCAAUUGUAUUAUUCUAGUCAAGCUAUUAUGACACUUAACUUUUUCUUUUACCCAUCCCUUAUUUGCAUUAUUAUUUUUUUUACAGAUAUUUCUUUCCUCAUCUGUGUCUAUAUAAAAUAAAUAAAUGACUUGAGGUCACACAUACAAAGCA